AUGACUGUGACAGCUGCUUUGGAAAGCAGUCUGGCUCUAGCGAUCAACACUAAUACUAAAACCCCUGUGUUCUUGCUCUGCAGUGUGGCUGCAGGAGACCCAGAUGGUCUGCGAGUUGGGAAUUUGUCAAGGUACCAUCCCUCCCCUGGUACCCCCACAUCAGGUGGUCCCCCCAGCCCUAGUCUGUACAUGGAUGUGCAGAUAUGCAGCCAACCCCCCUCCCCAGGCCUCCUUCCUGAAGGCUCUGGGGUGACUUUUCACCUUCCAGCCCCUGAGGGAUCCGGGGCUAGUGGUGUUACUGCUGACCAGGAUGAUGUACCCCCAGCCAAAGGUGCUAACACCCUGGGGGGGCCGGCCUGCCAGCUCACACUCUCCUGUGGCUUCUUGCUGUGCAGUCGGAGCGACGUCCUUGUCCUGACCCCUUGGCUGGCUCCUAUUGUCUGGGAGGGGACCUUCAACAUUGACAUCCUGAAUGCGCAGUUCCAGCUCCAGAACGCCACCAUUGGGCUGACUGUGUUUGCCAUCAAAAAGUACGUGGUCUUCCUGAAGCUCUUCCUGGAGACGGCUGAGAAGUACUUCAUGGUGGGACACAAGGUCAACUACUACGUCUUCACUGACCGGCCGGCUGACGUUCCGCCCGUCCCCCUCCAGGAAGGCCGGCAGGUGGUGGUCCUCCAGGUCCGCAACUACACCCGCUGGCAGGAUGUGUCCAUGCACCGCAUGGAGAUGAUCAGUAGCUUCUCCAGGCAGCGCUUCCUGCGUGAGGUGGACUACCUGGUGUGUGCAGACGUGGACAUGAAGUUCAGUGACCACGUGGGCGUGGAGAUCCUCUCCUCCUUGUUCGGUACACUCCACCCUGGCUUCUAUGCUGCCGAUCGCCAGGCCUUCACGUAUGAACGCCGCCCAUUGUCUCAGGCCUACAUUCCAAGAGAUGAAGGUGAUUUCUACUAUGUUGGCAGCUUUUUUGGGGGCUCAGUGCUAGAGGUGCACAGGCUCACCAAGGCCUGUCACCAGGCGAUGAUGGUGGACGAAGCCAAUCACAUUGAGGCCGUGUGGCAUGACGAGAGCCACCUGAACAAGUACCUGCUGUACCACAAGCCCACCAAGGUGCUCUCCCCCGAGUACGUGUGGGACGAGAGGAUGUUGCGCAGACCACCUUUCCUCAGGAAACUGCGAUACGUGGCCGUGCCUAAGAACCACCAAGCCAUCCGGAACUGAGGGCUCACGGGCUCAAAGGGGGCGGGGGCUAGGCAGGCCCCAUCUGCCUUCCUGCAUGGUGUACAAAAUCCGAACCAGUUUCAGCAGGAAGAGUGUAACGCCACGUCCUUUUCCUGUCCGGUAGAGAAAAAUUUCUGGGCGUCACAAACAGUCAAGCAUUUGACUAGCCAAAAGAUUGGCAAUUCGUAUCUACCCAGAGGCACCUUGGAAGACAGGCCUGGUGAUCUGCUUCUGAACAGUCACAGCCUUGAAAACCCCACGGAGAAGUUCUACUCCGCACAUGCGGAGUCACCGUGAGUCAGAAUCAACUUGAUGGCAACUAACAACCACCACAGCACAGCCUCCGAUUUAGGCAGGCCCAGCACCCCCCCGGCAUUGAGGCAGGCCCAGCACCCCCCGCACUGAGGCAGGCCCAGCACCCCCCGCACUGA